GGUCUCUACGUUCUACGCCGAUAUAUCUACGGGCGCUGCGUCUUCGCAGUGCGUGACCCGCUGUCUGACCCGCUGGCUGACCCGCUCUCUAUGCUCUUGGUCUUUCAAACGCAACCGCUCGAGCAAAGAAACGUGGUAUGACCGGUAAAGUCUAUGACGGCGUUAUGGAGAGACUACGUUAGCGUUAGCUAAUCGCUCGCGCUUGGAAAAGCCCGCUCUUUUGCCAUCGCGCUAGCGGCAUGUAAGGCACUAGCAAGCAAGCCGGCGGCUUGACAUUGCUCCUGAGCCGCCGCGCGAGGCCGCGCGCGUGAAAGUCAGCCUUGUCCGAGCCCUUCGCCAGCCGCAGCGCGCCGGCGGCCGGCGGGGACCGGCGCCACCGAGCCCCCAAGCCCCAACAAGCCGCAGCGGCGACGUAGCCGCAACCAUGUCCUACUUCGGCCGCGGCGCCCUCGUGAAGUACCUGCCCAAGUUCGCGCGCGACUUCGUGCACUCUCUGCAAUUCAGACCGAAGCACCCGCACCGCAUGGAGCCCGGCCAGGCGGCGAACUGGGUGCCCGAGGGGCCCCAGAAGGUCGAGAGGAUCAAGGGUUAUAGAUAUCCAGCGCCCGGGAGCCGGGAGGCGGCGCGCGUGCCGCGCGUCGAGAACACGGACGAAGUGUUUGACACGAAGUACUACUCUCGAGAUACGAGACGCGCGAGGCGCGACCGCGCCGUGAUACUCGCGCGGAAGUACCUCGCGCCGACCGAACUGAAAGCUAUAGAAGCGGCCAAAGCGCCGCCGCCGGAACUCAAGGAGGGCGAGGAGGCGCCGCAGCCGAUGUCCAUUGGGUCCUCGGGCAACUUCGGAAAGUUGAAUUUCGAGAUCGCCGUGAGCCGCUACUCGCCCGACGGUUUGAGGAGUGCCAUGUCCGCGACGCAUCCCGCCUUGGAGGCGGCGAUCAAGGAGCAGGACGCGGACCAGCUCAUCACGUACGCGUGGGAACCGGACGCGGACGAGAUCCUCGCGGACCUGAAGGCCAAGGGCCUGCCGCCGACGCCGGGCGCGGCGUACAAGUGGACGCUGCCGGAGAGCGCGCGCCAGGCGCAGUGGUAGGUCGGGCGCUACCUGUGUAAACUUAUCUGGCUUUAA